AUGGGAGAUUCCUUGAACCUAUCCCAGCUCAUCUCUUCAAUCUUGUACUGGUUGGUGACUGACUUCCAGGUUGCCAGGUUAUUUGGGCCAGCAAUCUUUGAUGCUUCAAAGCUGAAGGUCAUGUUCGUAGGUGUUGAUGAAAAGAAGCAUCCAGGGAAGAAUCCAAGAAGCUAUACACUUACACACAGUGAUACAACCUCUAAUCUCACUCUCUCCAUCUCUCAAACCAUAAACAACUCCCAGUUACAAGGGUGGUACAACAGGUUACAGAGAGAUGAAGUAAUUGCAGAGUGGAAAAAAGUAAAAGGGAAAAUGUCUCUCCAUGUUCAUUGUCACAUAAGUGGUGGUCAUUUCCUUUUAGAUCUGUGUGCUAGUCUCAGAUACUUCAUUUUCUACAAAGAACUUCCUGUGGUUUUGAAGGCCUUUGUCCAUGGAGACGAGAAAUUGUUCAACAAGUACCCUGAAUUACAGGAGGCUUUGGUUUGGGUUUAUUUCCACUCAAACAUCUCAAAAUAUAAUAAGUUGGAUUGCUGGGGUCCACUCAAGGAUGCAGCAACAGGUCCUAGUUCUAUGGGUGUGGCCCACCAGGAUAGGAGAGAGAUACCCUCCUGGUCAAGCCACAUGGAUAUGCCACAGCCAUGCUCAGAGGACUGCACAUGUUGCUUUCCACAAGUGGGCUUGGAUCACUUGGUCACUGGAUCAUAA